AUGGAUUUUAUGGGCCCUUUUCCUUCAUCAUAUGGGAACUCUUACAUCAUGGUCGCAGUGGAUUAUGUGUCCAAGUGGGUGGAGACAAAGGCAACUGUAACCUGCGAGGCGAAAGAAGUCGCAAAGUUUUUGAAAUCAACCAUUUUCAGCAGAGCCAUGUGGUAUAAGGAAAAAACUAAGAUGUGGCAUGGCAAGAAUCUUUGGGUGAAGGAGCUGCAAGUCGGGCAUAAAGUUCUGUUGUACCAGUCGAGACUCAAAUUGAUACCUGGGAAGCUGAAAUCGAAGUGGACGGGACCUUACACCAUUAUCGCCCUAAGAGCGAAUAGAGCAGUGAAGCUUCAGGGAAGUGACCCAAACUCUGCUCCUUUUAUGGUCAAUGGUCACCGUGUGAAACCUUUUAGGGAAAACUCAAAGGUGCGCAUAGUGGAGGAAAUUCCACUGCGCACACUUGGUGUCAUUGCCUAA